CGAAACCGCAAUCCACAUGGGCACAACCAACCACAACCAGCAAACCGUCGACGUCUACGCCAUCAUGAACCUGAGCAGCGGUAAAGUCGAUCUUCGAACAGGUUCACCUGAGUCGUCGCUAGCUGAGAUCCGCGAGGGCACCGUCGUCCCAUACUCGAAAGUAGACCUGAACGCGUACUUCCAGAGCAUGUCUAAGAAACAGUCUAUUGUAUGGGUUCAGCACCUCCGCGCCAUGAUUCCCGGUCGCAACGACAAGCUCAUAAGGUGGUCGUAGGACCCACCUAAAACACACACCCCUCCCCUUUCGUCCCCAGAGAGCGAUUCGAUGAUUAUGUGAGAUGGAUAGAUGGAUGGAUGGAUUAUAUUGGAUG